CCAUGCUCAGCCAGGGUCGCUACACCUUUGACGUAGAAAUUUGCUAUUAUCUCUGGGCUCGGGACAGUCUAGCAGCCUUAUCGGCGCUACGUGAUACCCGGCUGGCUUGGGCUGGCCGAUCAACCUUUGGUCCUUAUACCUUUUGUUUUCUCUCUACAUACUCAACAGCGUCGUCUACGACUUUGGCCAAUUUUGGCCGUCACAAUACAGUUUGACGUGACCUCUGUGUGGAGAUUGAACAUCUGAGGAUGGGAUCAGAAGGCCACGGGUGAUUGUGUGGUUAUUACCGGCAAAGUGACCGGACCCGGACAGCCCGGACGUACUUUUUCAAGAAAUACUUGCUGGAAAGUAUCUUCAAAGCUUAUUCCCCUCCAUCCUUUACUCUAGUGGUGUUUCAAUGAACUAUAUUGGUUUUUUUAAUACCCGGUUGUCUUUCGGAACAAAUUUGCAUAAAUAUAUUAUUCCAACCAGCGAGGUCGUGCGUCCAACGCGACUCGGAUUGAGCUUUGGCUGCAUGGCCAGCGAGCUCCCUCCGUUGCUGAACCCAAACACUCCACUUGCAUGGUUGCCUCCAGAAGCCGCUUCUCAUAUUGAAGCUUCACAAUAUCUCUAUGCUGCCACCGUUGGAGCGUGGCUCUGGGAUUUUCUCGGGGGUCUUCCUGGCGAUUAUCGCAUGUUCACCAAACACAAGCUGUCCCCAAUAGACGCAAUCUAUGUGCUUGCUAGGCUCGUGUCUGGAGCAUUCAUCAUGACAGCUCUGAUGUUCCAAGUUGCACCGGUUGGCAAAUGUCAUGCCUUGGCAAAGGCCAUAGGCUGGUGUGGUACAUUCGCCGUCCCCCUCAACUGUCUGCUCUUCUUCUUUCGCCUGAAAGCCGUCCUCAAGGAGGCCAGACGUAUCGUCGUCCUGUUCAUGUUCAUGUGGUUGGCCACUAUUGGGUGUGCACUUACGGCAGCCUUUGGUGUCGAUGGCAAGCGCAUUGCGACUACCAGGAGAUGUGUAAAUGUCAUUGAAGAGUAUAGUUCCGCGUUGCUAAUUGGGAUGGCCGUAUUUGACACGGCCGUAUUCGCUGCUAUUUGCACAUGGUUAUCGCUGUAUGGUUUAGCGGAUAGUUGGACGAAACGUCUAAAGUCUUCCUUCAGUGGUCAGGCUAUGCGAAACAUGUUGAAGACGGUUCUGCAAACAGGACAGCUCUUAUACCUGGUUACCGUCUUGGUAAACAUAGCAAUCAUGGUGGUUAUCCUGAUACCCUCUGUCCCAUCCGUCUUCCGUGCCCUGCUAGCGAUCCCCAAUAUCGCCCUCCAGAACUCCAUGGCGUGCCACGUAUACCGUCUGCUCAAACUUGGUCAUAUCAACGAUCGCCCCUCCGCCCUGAUUUCUUCACACCCUAGUCGGUCCCCCCAUGAUAACAUUCUGGUGCAUGGAGACGGGAGCACGUCGGGACGUGCUGGCAGCAACGCCAGGGACAUCGCCCUGUCCACUUUUGCAACCUUGCACGUGCCGAUCGCGGAUCCAAGGCCAAUAAGGAUGCAUCCAAAUGUUUGAUUACAGUCAGAGUCUCAAGUACGUCUCAUACACGUGUAGGAGUGGCGAUGGGCUUGAGGACGAGUGCGAGGGCUUUAUCCAAUGGUAUGUCAGAGUGAUGCCUGGGGAGGUCAAGGGGAAGGCAAAGUUGAGGAGAGCUGCUUCAUCCCAGAUGAUGAUGAUAUACUUGUAAUCUAUGUGCACGGACGUCGAUGAUUAGCUCUGACACAUUGCCGGAUAUAUAUGCAUAUGUUGACCUCGCAAA